AUGGAAUUCUCUCCGAGGGAUGCUGAACUAACGACUCUAUUAGAAAGUAGAAUUAGCAAUUUUUACACGAAUUUUCAAGUGGAUGAGAUUGGUCGAGUGGUCUCAGUUGGAGAUGGGAUUGCACGUGUUUAUGGGUUGAACGAGAUUCAAGUUGGGGAAAUAGUUGAAUUUGCCAACGAUGUUAAAGCGGUAGAUAGCCUGGUUCCUAUAGGCCGUGGUCAACGAGAACUUAUAAUCGGGGACCGACAAACCGGAAAAACAGCUAUUGCUAUCGAUACCAUAUUAAACCAAAAGCAAAUGAACUCAAGGGGCACCUAUGAGAGUGAGACAUUGUAUUGUGUCUAUGUAGUGAUUGGACAGAAACACUCAACUGUGGCACAAUUAGCUCAAAUUCUUUCAGAAGCGAAUGCUAUGGAAUAUUCCAUUCUUGUAGCAGCCACCGCUUCAUAUCCUACUCAUCUGCAAUUUCUGGCCCAAUAUUUUGGUUGUGCCAUGGGGGAAUAUUACCGCGAUAAUGGAAUGAACGCAUUAAUAAUCUAUGAUGAUCUUAGUAAACAAGCAGUGUCAUAUAGACAAAUGUCAUUAUUGUUACGCCGACCACCUGACCGUGAAGUUUUCCCAGUGGAUGUUUUCUAUUUACAUUCCCGCCUCUUAGAAAGAACUGCUAAAGGAUCGGACCAGACAGGCGCAAACAGGCGCACAGGUAGCUUGACCGCAUUAUCCGUCAUUGAAACACAAGAACGAUCCAAAAAGUAA